UAUUUAUUUAUUUUUUUAAAAAAACCACCUACAAAUCCCAUAGCCACACCAACGAACCAAAAUAAAAGGAAACAAAAAAUAAAGUUAAAAAGCAUAAAACAAACACUAAUAAGGGCAAAGGCCAUCAAUUGGACCAACCAAAACCCAAACAGACCCAGCCUGGCUCGCACAGUCGAACCGAACCGCAGACCCACCUCCCAUCACCACCUCGCCACGUGUCUCGCAUCCAACGGUCGAUCUUCCCACCAAUUCUUUGCUUUGUCCCAUUAGCUCUUUAUUACAGGCCUCACAUGUAUUGUGUAGAGAGAGAAACCCGCAAGAGAGUGAGUGUAAGAAAAAUUGGCAGCCCUGUGUUUUUUAUUUUUCCUUUUUAUUUAUAUAUUUUAUUUAAUUUUAUUUAUCUGGUAUAUAGAUAGAUUGGAUUAUCGGAGGUAGAAGCAAAGGAGAGGCCAGAAAUUGUUAGAGCAAAAUCCUCACACAGUAAACCCCAAAACCCACUCCUUAUCCUAUCUUCUUCUUUUACAUCCUUAUUUUCUCCUCUCAAAACCUUCACAUUUCAUUACUUGGUCACUUUUUCCUCUAACUUCUCUCUGCUCUCAUCUUUUCAAUUUCUCCUUUUCAGUUUUCUCUUUUGCAUGGCUGCCCAAAAUCUCUUAGCUUAAGAUUCCUUUGAUUGGUACAAAUUUGGUUCCUCCUUUUACUUUGUUGCUUUUUUUAGUUAGAGCCCAAUUAAAAAGAAAAAGUUGAAGAGAAAAAUGGCCCCAAGGUCAAGUAGGGGCAAAGGGAACAAAGCCAAGAAUGAGAAGAAGAAGAAAGAAGAGAAAGUUGUUCUCAAGGGCAUCUCAACUGACAAAAUAUUGGACGUGAAGAAACUGCUUGCUGUUAAGGGACAUCAAUUGAGUGAUAAGUUGGAUGUUGUGAGCCUCAAGCCGUGCCUGCUGAGAAUGGUUGAAGAGGACUACGCAGAUGAGUCACGGGCCGUGUCCCACGUUCGAAGGCUCCUCGACAUCGUCGCGUGCACGACGCGCUUCGCCAAGCCCAAGGCCGGCGGCGCGGAGUCUCGUCAAAAGAAAAGUAAAGCCCAGAGGAGCACGGCGGCGUCGGCGGCUGCCUCGUCGGAUGGAGAAUCUCGGUCGCCGAAAACCCGGCCACCGGCGAUUUCCCCUGUCUACGACAUGGUGGCCAUUCAACCGAUUCCGAAACUUUCGGAUUUCUACGAGUUCUUCUCUUUCUCGAAUCUCUCUCCACCCAUUCUGCGUGCGUACAGUUUCUUCCUAGCUUUCUCCUAUUUGAAAAGGGUGGAAAGUAAAAUUGGAGAGAAGCUGCGUGACGGCGAUUACUUCGAAAUGCAGAUAAAGAUAUGCAAUGGGAAGAUAAUAAACGUGAUGGCAUCAACCAAAGGGUUCUACACUUUAGGGAAACAAUUUUUGCAGAGCCACUCUUUGGUAGAUCUUCUGCAACAGCAAAGCCAAGCUUUUGCAAAUGUGGGUAAUUUUGACUUGCUUUUGUUAACUCCAAAAUCUAUUGCUAAUGCAUAUGCAUCUUUGAUGAAAUCAUUUGUCGAACACAAUAAGUUUGGUAACCUCCCAUACGCCUUCCGUGCUAACACCUGGCUUGCCCCUCCUUCCAUUACUGACUCAACAUCGAAUUACGUGCCAUUGCCGGCAGAGGACGAGAGCUGGGGAGGAGACGGUGGAGGCCAGGGGAGAUCAGGAGAGCAUGACCUGAGGCCGUGGGCAACGUAUUUCGCCAUCCUGGCCAAUAUGCCAUGCAAGACUGAUGAGGAGAGAGUGGUUCGGGACAGGAAGGCAUUUCUGGUUCAUAAUCUCUUUCUGGACGUUGCUGUUCUUAAAGGGGUCUCAGCCAUACAGAAGGCUGUGCAUUGUGCUGGGAAGGGUGGUUCGGUUGUGCACGAGAUUCGAGUUGGGGAUAUCUUGAUUACGAUCAAAAGAGACGAGGCGGAUGCAGCCUCGAAAGGGGAGGUGAAGAUUGUUGGUGGUAGAAUGUCUGAUGAGUCUGUUGGAGAAGUUUCGCGGAGGAAUCUGCUUAAAGGAGUGACUGCCGAUGAGAGUGUCGUUGUGCAUGAUACUUCCUCAUUAGGUGUUGUAGUUGUUAGACAUUGUGGCUACAGUGCAACUGUCAAGGUUGUUGGAGAUGUGAAAAAAGGAAGGAGUCUUUCACAAGAUAUCGACAUUGAGGACCAGCCGGACGGCGGGGCUAAUGCACUUAAUAUUAACAGUUUACGAAUGAUGCUAAACAAGCCAUGUGCUGAAUCACCAAUCAGAGUUCAGUCUGAUCUGGUAGAUGCUGAAAUUUCUGGAUGCGUUCAGAAAGUAAUAAAAGAUAGUCUGACGAGGCUAGAGAAUAAUACUCCCACAACAGAAAGCUGUUUUAGAUGGGAACUCGGUUCUUGUUGGGUGCAGCAUCUCCAGAAGCAGGAAACACCAGAAGAUAACAAUUCUGGAAGUCCUAAGGAUAGCAAUAAGGCUGAACCGGAGGUUAAAGGACUCGGGAAACAAUUUAAACUGCUAAAGAAGAGGGACAAGAGAAUACCGGCCGCAAGUGAGAAGGAUGAAGAAUUUCACGAUGAAUCUGUGGACCCAAACACGGAAAACAAAACUGGGGAAAUGAAAACUUGUGAUAAGAAUUUUGAGUUGCUGAAUCAUGUUUGUGAAGAGGCCUUUUUACGCUUGAAAGAAACUGGAUUGGACCUUCACACAAAGGUGGAACUUGCAGAUAAGCUUCCUCACAUACAGUCUCUCUGUAUUCAUGAAAUGGUUACUCGAGCUUUUAAGCAUGUAGUUCGAGCUGUUAUUGCUUCUGUUGGGUGCAUAGAGAGUAUGUCCACUGCCAUAGCUGCAACCUUAAAUUUUUUGCUUGGGUCUUGUAAUGUUAAAGAUGAUCAAGCUCUCAAAUUGCAAUGGCUACGAGCAUUUUUGGAGAAACGGUUUGGUUGGAAACUGCAAGAUGAAUUCCAACACCUGAGAAAGUUGUCUAUCCUUAGGGGACUUUGUCACAAGGUUGGAUUGGAGUUGGCCCCUAGGGACUAUGAUUUGGAAAGCUCUGCUCCAUUUACGAAGUCUGAUAUUAUCAGCAUAGUGCCAAUCUGCAAGGCAACUAUAUAUCAGCAGAAGGCAUUAGAUAUCAAUGAGAGGGAGCUGGGGCUUGACCAUCCGGAUACGAUGAAGAGCUAUGGAGAUCUAUCUGUGUUCUAUUAUCGUCUUCAACAUAUUGAAUUGGCCCUGAAAUAUGUCAACCGUGCAUUAUACCUUCUUCAAUUCACAUGCGGGCUCUCUCACCCAAACACGGCUGCUACUUACAUCAAUGUAGCUAUGAUGGAAGAAGGCAUGGGGAACGUGCAUGUUGCUCUCAGAUAUCUCCAUGAAGCCCUAAAGUGUAAUCAAAGACUAUUAGGAGCAGAUCACAUUCAGACUGCUGCCAGCUAUCAUGCCAUUGCCAUAGCUCUUUCCUUGAUGGAAGCAUAUUCCCUUAGCGUGCAACACGAACAAACUACAUUAAAAAUUCUUCAGGCUAAACUGGGAGCCGAGGAUCUGCGUACUCAGGAUGCUGCUGCGUGGCUCGAAUACUUUGAAUCGAAGGCUUUGGAACAGCAAGAAGCCGCACGUAAUGGAACUCCAAAACCAGAUGCAUCCAUUGCCAGCAAAGGUCACCUGAGCGUGUCAGAUCUCCUUGAUUAUAUAAGUCCUGAUCAGGAGUCAAAUGCUCAGAGGAGAAGGCGCUCAAAGGUUUGCCAAGUCGGUGAUAAAUCCCAAUCAGAGAAGCCAGAAGGAAACACCAAAAACACCAUUAACCCUGAAAAUACAGAAACCAUUACGAUAGUAGAGAAAACCAGCCAGAGAGAGGAAAAAAUAACAAAUAAAUCCUCGCAAAAACCAUUGAAGGACACUCAACCCAUACACGAUCAAUCACUUCCAGAACAAAUCAGCCAAGACGUAAACUCAGAAGAUGGCUGGCAAGAAGCCACCUCAAAGAGUCGUUCUGGAAGUGGAACCGCUAAAAAGUACAACAGAAACCGUCCUAAUCUUGCAAAGUUAAAGAUAACCCCCGCACAUUCUCACUCUAAGGACACCAGUUAUAGAAAAGAGUCUGCUUCCCAGGGGCACAAACCUUCAUUCAAGACUACUCCUAAAGACGUGCUUAUCACGAAGCAAUCCAGCCACGAUGAAUCAUCUCACAAACCGCACCCAAAGAUAUCAGGAACCAAAAACUCAAAUUCUUCUCCCACUUCAAUAUCAAAAGCUUCUCAUCCUCCGGCCACCCUCACAGCUCUGGCUUACAAGUCGUUGUCGUACAAGGAAGUAGCGGUCUCGGCCCCAGGUACCGUUCUAAAGCCCUUACUGGAAAAAGUAGACGACUUAACAACUGAGGAAAAAAAAACUGACAGCCAAACAUGCCUUAGCCCUAAAGAGACCCCAGGAGUCCCAGUAGAUGACUCGUCGUCACCUGAAAGCGAAGGCACCACCCAAGAAACAGGGUCGGAUUUAUCAAAUUCCCGCUCAGACACCGAAGAAAAUAUCUCGAGCCCUGAUCAGAAGCCCGUCGAGACAAACGGGAGAAAGCUCUCUGCCUCGGCCGAGCCCUUCAGCCCUGGCUCCUACCCCAUGGGCCCACUCGUUGAGCCAGUCGGGUUCCCCUCAGUCACCACCAGAGUCCCCUGUGGGCCCCGCUCACCAAUGUACUACCGGGCCAGCCAUGGCUUCCGGAUUCGGCCCGGGUUCCUGGGCUACCGUAGCUCGAUGGGUUUCGCCUCACAGAAGACGAUGAACCCGCACGCGCCCGAGUUUGUCCCUAGACGAGCGUGCCAGACAAAAGAAGAUUCGAAAGAACAGACUACAGAUUCUAAAGAAUCUGGAGUCGAGAACGCCGAAGAAAAGGGUACGGCCGUCGUGAGGGGGACGAAGAACAGCAGCACGGAGGCCGAGAAAGCUGAGCUGGCGAGGCAGAUACUACUGAGCUUCAUAGUGAAAUCGGUGCAGACUAAUAAUAAUAAUGCUAAUGCUUCGGAUUUGGAUUCGGAUUUGGCUCCUCCGGAUGGUGAGAAGAAGUACGAGUUAAACUCGAGCAACUCUGCAGAGGCGAUCGCGAACGAUAGCGCGAUCAUAGAGAUUCUUUACACGAGUGAUGAGAAAACGCAGGCCGAUGGAAACGAGAGGCAGAGCACUUUGGGUGGUGGUGAUAAUAAAAGCAAGAUGAGGGACGGGGAAGGUUUUGUGCUUGUGACCAAGAGGAGGAGGAACAAGCAGCAGCUCCCUAAUGGCGUGAAUGGGCUCUAUGGUCAGCAGUCGAUCUGUGCUUCUGUACGCUGAGAAUGAGAUUGCGGGAAGAUCAACAUUUUCUUCUCUUUUGGUGAGGAUAUUGCGGGUGUGCUCUAGGGCUCUAUAGUAAUUUGGUUGGGAGCUUGAUUUCUGGAGAGAGAGCCGAUGGAGCUGGUCUUUUUGUUGCCAGUAAAGGGCUUUUUUCGGCUGAAGUGAUGUAAAAGUUCAUUUUGGUCUUUGCCUGUAGGAAUGAAACUGUAGUUGUCUUUGGAUUGUUAUGCUAACAUGAUGGGAGGGUUCACUGGAAAUGCAUAUUUGUUACCUGUACUGUGAAAUAAAUCCAUGUUCAUCGAACUUGAUCUUCUGUGACUAAAUAAAGGAAGAUUUUUUUUGUUGUAUUGGAUUUUUCUUACAGUGUUCUACUGUUCUUAUUU